AUGGAGCAAGCGCCCAUCUGGGUACUCCUCAUUCCAAUUUCUCUUCUGUUUACAUCAGCAGCUUCAGAAGCAGAUGACACCAAGCGCUCGUUAGUUCGAUUCAUGGAACAACUCUUACCCGCAGAUAAGGCCAAUAGAAAUGAGAGCUGGGGCUGGAACAUGAAUUCAGACCCCUGUACUCACGGAUGGAUGGGCAUUACUUGCGAUUCGCACACCCAAACUGUACUAAAAGUCAUCCUCGACGAGCUCAAUCUCAUUGGGACAUUCGAUGCUGGUUCUCUCUGCGGUGCAAGAUCUCUUCAAGUCCUAAGCCUCAACAACAACGGCAUAAGUGGAGAAAUAUCUGCAGAGAUUGCGAAUUGCAAGUAUCUGACCCACUUAUACGUAAGCGGCAAUCGGUUCGCUGGACAACUCCCGAAAAGCAUUUCUCACUUGAGUAACUUAACGAGGGUGGACAUAUCGAACAAUAACUUCACUGGAGAACUGCUGAGUUUGCAUAAAAUUCCCGGCUUGCUAUCGUUCCUAGCUCAAAACAACUAUUUCCGGGGGAAGCUUCCCGAGUUCGGAUUCGCAAACUUGGAGGCAUUUAAUGUCUCUAACAAUGAAUUUAGCGGCCAAAUUCCCGACGUAAGGGGCCGUUUUAGUGCAGACAGCUUUUCUGGGAAUCCUAGUUUACGUGGGCAACCGUUACCGAAUCCAUGUCCCCCAUCCCUAUCAUCAAAGGCUGCAUCGAAGAAGUGGUCGACAGAUUGCCUCCUCGUAUACACUGGCUACGCAUUCCUCAGCUCAGUGAUAGGAUUGUUCGUCAUUUACCAAAUAGUAAGUAAAAGCAAGUCAAAACAUGAGAAGACUGAUGAUGUAGAGAAUGCAGAAUCCAACACGGACGAUAAUAGCAUCAAGAUGAAUGCCAUUUCCAGUGAUGAAUUUAAAACCAGUGAAUGUAGGUCAGAGUACUCGAUGACAUCUAUAGAUAGCGAAGUGGCUCCCGCAGCUCUUGUGAUUCUAAAUAGUUCCUUGGCCAAGGAAAGUUUGAGGACUUGCUCCGAGCUCCAGCCAAGCUGCUUGGGAGGGGAAGGCGUGGGACGCUCUACAAGGUCAUGA